UGCUCCCAGACACAAGUGGAUCCAUUUCCAGUGACGAGCUUCUGUGUUAAUAUUUGUAUUGAAAUAUAGGUAUGCAAUUGCAUUUGUCUGGCUACGUCGAUGAAAUCAAAUCAGCUACCUGUCCAAGCUUCAUCAAUGCAAGCUGUUAAAGCCAACAACGCCAUCACCAAGGAGAAAGAGCUGUUGCGGCAAUCUCCGCCACCCAAGCCGACGAAAAAGCACUUCAUUUCCAAACACUCCAUGGCCUUCAUGCGCUGUUGAAUGGCUUAAACACCCACGAGCAUCCAGACAAAUGCAAUUGCAUACCUACAUUUUCAAAACAAAUAUUAAACACAGAAGCUCGUCACUGUAUCUGUCCACCGUCCGAUAUGUCGCUUCUAUCGUCGGACGCCGGCUCAGUUGUUAAGUAUGUACAAUACCCUACCCCUUAUCUGGACAUUCUUGGAAUCCCUUCCUUCUCCUUUUCUCACAACAACAAACAAGCAAAAGAGUAACGAUGGCAUCGCAGCAAGUGGCGCUCAAGGUCGCCUUCAAUGGGGACAUCCACCGCACACGCGUGGAUCUACGCGGCUUCUCGCUGGCUGAGCUGAAGCAGCUCAUGGCGCAGACCUUCCGCCUGCCUGUGGGGGACUUCGUCGUGCAGUAUCGUGAUCCCGAAGGCGACUGCGUCAAUGUGACAACGGACGCCGAGUUCCAGGAGGCCCUGCGCGUCUUCCUGAGCUCCGCUGAGCCUGUGCAGUCGCUCAAAUUCUCGGCUGCCACGCGACGCCAGACGGAGUUCCAGGACCAGGUGGCGGACCCCCUCGUCAAGUCCGUGGAGCACCUUAUGCAGGCGCUCGCCGUCACGCUCGAGCAGCUCAAGCGCGACUCGAACUUCGCCUCGAGUGCCGCCCCCAACAUGAGCGUGACACUGGAUCAGGCGGCUAGGGACAGCGCCGACUCGCCCAAGACGGCAGCCACUGGCUUCUCCAGUUUCGCCCAGGGCCUCGUGGGCCAGAUUAACCGUCUCAUUCCAGAGAAGAAGGCCGGAGAGGCCACGGCGGCACCCGUCGCCGCACCCGUGUCUGCGCCUGAGCCGGAUCAGAAACCGUCGACACAGCAGCCGCUAGUGGUCACCCCGCCGCCCGCCCCAGUGGAGGGGGCCCCUCCUGCUCAGGAGACGGAGGAAACGCCGUCUAUCGCGUCGUCUGUGGCCUUCUCCGAGGCCGAAGUCAAGUGGGCCGAGCAGCUCUCCAUUGUCAGUGGCAUCUUCCCGAACGUCAGCCCAGCACGCGUCAUUGAUAUUCUGGAAAAGAGCGACGGCAACCUCAACGUGGUGCUCAACGUGCUAACGGAGGAGAACUAAGCAACCAAAUGAGGACGACGGGAGCUCAGCACCGCAAUCGUUUGGGAGCUGCUUCGAAGAGGGAAUAAUACCAGGGGUCGAUGACUCAAGUGGAAGGCGGGCGACACUGCAAAAGGACAAGCAGCAAGCGGCAACGGCGUGGAUCAGCGGACAGUUUUUCCAGCUCGUAGCAUCAAAUGCAUUUCAAUGAAUUUCAUUUUUAUUCAAACUCACGUUUGCCAUGCAACACAAAAAAGGU